AUGCGUCGUGCUAGUUUCCAGCGUUUCCUCUCGUCCUCUGGGAAACGCUUCCUCUCCCAAAAAAUCAUCCCUUUCACUUUUGAAAAAUACCCAAACGUGAAAAGAAACCCAAAUUUCAAAUCCAUCGAUUCUCAAGAUAUCGCCUUUUUCCAAUCCAUCCUUCCUUCACCUCAAUCCAUCCUACAAUCAGACCUCGAUGAAUUCAACAUCGAUUGGAUGUAUAAAUUCAAAGGUCAAUCACAACUCGUAUUGAAACCAACAUCCACCAUCCAAGUCUCUCAAAUCUUGAAAUAUUGUAAUGAGAAAAAUUUGGCACUCGUUCCUCAAGGUGGUAACACAGGUCUCGUAGGUGGCGGUGUCCCCAUCUUUGAUGAGAUUGUCUUGUCGUUGAAAAAUUUCAACAAAAUCAGAUCCUUUGAUGAAAUUAAUGGCAUUUUGAAAUGUGAUCCAGGUAUCAUCUUACAGGACGCCCAAGAGUUUCUUGCCUCCAAGGGUUACAUCUUCCCCAUCGACCUAGGUGCCAAAGGCUCGUGUCAAAUAGGUGGGAUGGUCGGUACAAAUGCAGGUGGCUUACGUUUGUUAAGAUAUGGUCCCUUGCAUGGAAGUAUUCUUGGGUUGGAAGUUGUUCUACCUGAUGGUACCAUCAUCGAUGGUAUGCAUUCGUUAAGAAAGGAUAACACAGGUUAUGAUUACAAGCAAUUGUUUAUUGGUUCAGAAGGUACUCUUGGUGUUGUCACAGGCAUCUCUGUCGCCACCCCGAUCAAAUCCAAUUCGGUCCAAGUCGCCUUCAUGGGGAUCAAAGAUUAUUCAAGUGCCAUGAAACUAUACGUCAAGGCUAAACAAGAUCUGGGUGAAAUCCUUUCUGCUUUCGAAUUCAUGGAUGGUCAAUCUCAAGAAUUUGUCAAGAAGUAUCGUUCUACCACAUCCCCCAGCAUCACUUUCCCCUUAGAAGAAUCUUACCCCUAUUACAUCCUUAUCGAAACUUCCGGCAGCAACAAAGAUCAUGACCAAUCCAAGAUGGAAACCUUCUUGGAAACCGCCAUGGAAAAUGAAUUGAUUGAAGAUGGUACCAUUGCUCAGGAUUCUAACGAAGCCCAUGAACUUUGGAAUUGGAGAGAAUUGAUCCCGGAGUCUUGUCAAUUGAACGGUGGUAGUGUUUACAAAUACGACAUCUCACUGCCCAUCAGAGAUAUGUAUUCCUUAAUAGAAGAAACUAACAAGAGAUUACAAGAACAAUCACUUAUUGCCGAUUCCUCCUCCUCCCCCUCCUCCUCCUCCUCCUCCUCCUCCAAACCUGUCAUUGGUGCCGUUGGGUUCGGACAUAUGGGUGAUGGUAACAUCCAUUUAAACAUCGCUACAAAACAAUACAGUAAAGAAGUCGAAUCUGUCUUGGAACCCUUUGUUUAUGAAUUUGUAAGUAGUAAGAACGGUUCCAUCAGUGCUGAACAUGGGAUCGGGUUCCAAAAGAAACCCUAUCUCACCUACGGCAGAUCCAAAGAAGAGAUCCAAUUGAACCGUCAAAUUAAAAACUUGUUUGAUCCAAAAGGUAUCAUGAAUCCGUAUAAACUUUUAUAA